AUGGUAGCCGCGUACGUCGAUUUGUCCGGUUCCGACGAUCCCUUCGAACUCAGCAACCGUGAGGCUGAUCAGGACCGCGCGCCGUACCCUCCACUGGACCACAAGGUCCUCAACCACAAAUACGACCCCCUCGAUGAGUUAACGCAGGAUCUUCAAGCCUGGGCCGGGCUUCGGGCCUCAAUCCUUUCAUUCGCCGUCAACUCUCACACCCCCCUGCCUGCUCGUGGCGGCCGCGGCGGCAACAUCAACACCAUGGGCAUCGUCAGGGGCACCUACGUCUCGGGCUUCAUCUGGCGUGCAGGCUUCAGCGCCCAAGGCGCGCGGGUCCCGGGGAGGCAUUACAAAGGCGUAUACACGUGGUGCAACAACUCGUCGUACUGCGCGAGAUUUGGCUACAGCUUUUGA